UCACGAUCGGCUCGGAAUCGAACCCACCUCAGCAAGGCUUGUCUUAGCAGGACCAGCAAGCUUCUUUAGUUUUUCUUCGAGAAGGUCAAAGGGUUCAACUUAUUAUCGCGAACGGUGCCGAAUACGAGGGUAUCUUCUCGCACCUGGACAAUCUUAUCUGUGACCUGAGAAUGGUACAGCAGAAAAAGAGUUCGGGCGAGUCGACGAACGGAACCAACAAAAAGGAAUAUCCUAAUAUGUCGUUUCAGAGGAAGGAUAUUUCGGAUGUUAGAGUCAUGGGUAGCAACGCUGGGAAAGGUGACGUCAAGCAAAACGGCUCGACAGUCAACUCCCAGAAUAACUUUCGAACUGAUAGUGCCAUCUCCUCUGCUCGCCCGGGCCGCGAGAGAACUCUACAACCAUGGGUUGGGCCAAGCACUACGGAUGGGAUCGACUUGAGCUUGGAGAAAUCAAGCAGCGGUGGCGGUACAUGGGACCAAUUUGCCGCAAACGAGCGUCAGUUUGGCAUCAAGAGUACAUACGAUGAGAAUAUUUAUACCACGGCGAUUGAUAAGAGUCAUCCUCAGUACAAGGAGAGAAUGGCCGCCGCAGAGAGGAAGGCCAGGGAGAUAGAGCGAAGCACGGCUACGACGGCCCACGUCGCUGAAGAGAGAGUCAUGGAUUAUGUUGGCGGUGAUGACGCGGGUGUUGACGAAGAGGACAAAUACAGUGGUGUCAAGCGACAGGAUUUCCCCCCUUUACCUAAUAGCAGAGAGAACAAGUAUACUCCGCCGGCGAGACGUGCGCCUACUGCUUCGUCGACUGUGAAGGGCGCUCCCGUUGACCCUGCUAUCAUAUCUUCGCAACUGAAGACACAAAAGAACCAAGCCGCCGCUCCUCCCAAACAAGAUGAUAACAAACCGCGUGUUGCUGCUCCGAGAACUGAGACGUCAGUGCCGUCUACAGUCAGACCUACCGAAACCAAAGUCGACGCCAAGGUCGAUUCACAGCAAAAACCAACGGAGAGCAAAGGCGCAACUCCAGCAUUAACCCAAUCCGCAACACCAUUCAGAGCUUCGGCUGCUACCAGCCGAACCAUUUCACCAACAUCUAAGGACGGUCAGGGUGUUGUUCCCAGUGCAACUUCUACUGUGGAACAUGACGUUCUGAAGGAGUUCAAGACGUUUGCCAACCAGCAACGCACAAAUGCCGAGAAAGUCCGAAGUACUAAGGCCAAGGCUGACAAGGAGGCUAAGCUGACUGAGCUGAAGAAGUUCGCGGAUAGCUUCAAGUUGCCAACACAAGUCCCCACAGAUUUGAUUCCGAUCAUAGCAAAAGAUCCAGCGAAACAGCGAGAGAUACAAGAGAAGGCCAAGCGAGAUGCUGCUGAGGUCGCUAAGAAGAAGGCCGAAGAGGCCGCGGCCAAGGAGAAGAAGGGAACUUCAACGAAAGAAGUUCAACCCGCACCAACUUCCCAAGCAGCUUCAGAUACUAGGACAACCCGUCCAAAUGCUAACCCCCCUAAUGUGGCUCCCGCGGCAGCGCCUGCACGUCAUCCCGGUAAUCGUCAGAGCUUUGCUCCGAAUUAUUCUUACCAGGGAAAUCGUCCGGGUCCACAACAUAUGCAACAGGGUGGUCGCCAGGGCAAUCUAUCUGGACGUCUUCGGCACAUUGAGGCGCAAAAGGCGCAAGGCCAAGACGUUCGAUUACCUCCUACCGGUCCUGCUAACACCACCGACCCCUCCUUCGGCCGUCGUAUGGGUGGCGUGUCAGGCCACAUGAGCGCAAAACUGAAUCCUAAUAGCCACGAAUUCCGUCCUAGUCCGUUUGCGCAGACAUUCAAUCCGAAUGGUCACCCUAGCGGAGGCUCAAGCCCGCGUUCGGCCAUCAACCAUUCUGCGACUGAGUUACAAUCUGGAUCUACGAAUAGUCACACACCGCUUACCAUUGUGACUAAGAAGAAGAAGGCAAUCGAUACUAAGAAAUGCAACAUUCUAUAUUUCAUAAAGACUAUCCAGCCUCCUGAGAACAAGAACUGGAACGAUAAUGGUGGCCUACGACCAUCUUACGACACCCCACCUGCCUGGCGUGCCUUAGCCGAUGAUGAGAAGCCAGAUUCUACUAUGCGCUUGUCAUUGAUCGAGUAUUUUGAACGACAGCCGUUCAAUACACACCCAACACCCAACCCACCCCAUCUCCUUCCACAGAUGGCCCACCAGCAUCAACUUCCCCUUCAUAUGCAGCAUGGCGCGCACCCCGUCGCUCCACGACAUUCGCCGCACGUGCCUCCUGUCCAGAUCCACGGAGGACAGCAUGGCCCCGUCCCUCAUGCUCCGUUCAACGGAGCAGAUGAUCAUAGGAUGAUGCAUUCCAACUCGUCACAAUCAUACUCCUCCCCCCGGAUGGGCCAGGUCCCAAUGGUGUACCCGCCCAACAUGAACCCAGCAGCGCAGAUGCCAUACAACCAGCACAUGGUUCCCUUCAUGGGCCCCGCAGCACCCCCCAUGAACCAGUUCAAUCGAAGUUUUUCUAACACACCUCAGUAUGUCCCACAACAGCCAGGAGGGAUGGGCACGCCAAUGAUGAUGCAGCAGCAAUUCAUGGCGCCACAACCGAUGGUUGCUGGUCCCCCACAGAUGCAGCCAUAUCCUGCUGCCGGCCACAUGCAGUUUAUGCCACCAAAUGCUACGCCACCACAGCCAAUGCCCGGGGCUAACGGUUAUCCAAGCCCGGGAAGACCAACCGCCCCUAUGAUGGUACACCAAGGGUCCCAGCAAGGACAACCAUACAUUGGCAUGAGCCCCGGCAUGCAGUACCAGCAGCCGACUUUCGUGCCACAACAACAAGGGCAGAGUAAGUUUGACAGACGUUACUCCAACCAGAACAAGUACAAGAAAACUAACAAGCGGGGUGAAGUGAACAACAUGCGAGGAUACAGUAAUCCCAACCCCCAGCAGUUUGGCACCAGCCCGCAGCAGCCGCAUCAGUACGGACCCCCCCACAGGAACGGAAGUAACAACUUCAACAAGAACUAUCAGGGCCAUAACCAACACCAAGGUCCCCAGGGUGGAGGACAUGCAAUUCCAUCGGGACCUCAGGGCAGAUCCUCGGACGGUCCUGACGAAGCCAAGUGACCGAGCCUUUCGAGACUGCCCGCGACGAACUUAACCAGCGCCGCGCUCCAGCGCAUAUUUAAUUUCUUCAUUCAACAUAGCAUAAGUAAGGGUCGACUUAUGCUCGUCGAUUUUAUCGUCGCCUUUGCGUGGACAUUUAACUUUAUCGGCAUCGCGACCUCGGUUGGGUCUU